AUGGAAGAUUUUGAUGUGUUUACUAAUGAGAUUGAAUACACAAAGCCAUUUUAUGCCAAUGUUUUAAACAAGUAUGUAAAAGAUGUACCAUCAACUCCCAGUGGACCAAACUACCAGAGUAGCAGAAAACUGUAUGCCGAAGAGUGUCUGGGAGAAAAUAAUGAAGCAGACUGUGCUUUCUAUUUAAGUGAAUCAGUAUCUGCAUCUCUAAGAACAUUGGCUGUGUACAGAGAUGAGCAAUUGAGAACAACAGGUGAUAAAAUUCAAAAAGUAACAAAUUAUGUGAAGCCAAUUCAGGAUUUGAUAGAUUCUCAACCUAUAUCAAAAAAUGACGAGAAAAUACUUGACUUCAUAUCAAGCGAAGCUCACCAAACUGCUGAGAUUCUCAGUAAAUUUAAAAUUGAUGAUGAUCUUCCAUUCUAUAAGCAAUAUAUGAGAUUCAGCUCGGAGAAUAAUACAGAGAACUUUCUAAAAAUACUGAAAAAACUUCCUAAAGAAUGGACUAUAAUACAAUUGACAGCACCAUACAAUCCCAAUGAGAAUUUGAAGCCCCUGAACGAGUAUCGAUGUGAAAUUGACUCUAUCUAUUUGUCAAUGUUCACAAAUGAUUAUCUUGAUUUCAAUAGUGUUGGUCCUCUCACAGUUGAAAUACCAGCUAAUGUCAUAAAAGAAGGAGAACAGCCCCUCUUCAAGGAAUUGUUUUCUCUACUAGAGGAGAACUACAAAACCAUUGACAAUGCCCCGUUUCUUAAUAACAAACGUCUUGUGCAGAACUAUUGGAGCAAACGUGAGGAUAUUGACUUGAGAAUGAAGAGUGUAAUUAAUGUGAUGGAUAAAGAAUGGUUGGGUGGAUGGACUAGUCUUCUUACUGGGAAGCUGCAGGACGAGACCUUGCGAAAUAAAGUCAUAAAGUUAGUUGACGCUACAAUAUCUGAUUGGGGGUAA